UUUAUUUUUGGGGCGAUAUUUUGGUCACGUGACGUUGCGUCACGGGUCAAAGGGAAGAGUAAAGAUGGCGGCGUCGUCCAAAAGGGUGUUCGAGCUGUUCGUGUCAAAGGUUCCGUGGACUGCAGCCACCAAGGAGGUGCGGGAGUACUUUGGACAGUUUGGAUUAGUCAAGAAAUGUCUUCUGCCAUUUGACAAGGAGACAGGCUUCCACAGAGGCUUCUGCUGGGUCGGCUUCACAACAGAAGAGGGUUUGAACAAUGCUCUGCAGAAGGACCCUCAUGUUCUGGAGGGAGCAAAGCUGCAGGUUCAGAGGAACAGACGCCCGUUUGCAGGACAGAGGUCCAACAGAGAUGCAGAGUUUGACUGAAGCUUCCUCUGUGGUCCUCCAGAGAAGAGAGAAGCUUCCUCUGCCUUUUCUUCAUGUCUGAAAUGCUUGUUGCAACCAGUGUUUGCUGUAUAGAUUCAAACACUUAAGUCCCUCUGUUUUUGUGUUGUAAAACAAAUAUUUGUUGACAAAUAAAAAACUUUAUUUAUUA